AGUGCCAGUAACGAGGAUUCCGCGGAGCAACAGCUGAUCGUUUGAGCAGACAACGCGGGCACUCGAGUGGACAUUACGUACCGGAGGAGCGAGAGCACGCUUUCUGGGACUGAACUGGGAUACAUUGAGGAGAAGCCGGACCUCUUUGGAUUAGCUACUGGUGGUGGAGAAUGUCCAGCUCGGAGCAGGCCGGGUUUUAGGGCGCUUUUUGCUUCCUGUAACCACGAGACGCAGAGCACUUCUCUCUCCCCCACGCGCCACACUUUUGGAAACUUUUUGGAUAGUGGAAAAUGGGUGUUUGAGAGAGUUGGCACUUUUCCCUGCACCACAAUGGCCACCGAACCCUUUCUGUUGAACGAAGAGCCCACCAGAGGUCCUGGGAUGCCUGAGUGCUAUGUAGUUUCAGAUUCAUACAGGGAUGAAUUUCAUCCCUUCAUUGAGGCCCUCCUCCCACAUGUCCGUGCCUUCUCCUACACCUGGUUCAACCUACAGGCUCGCAAGCGCAAAUACUUCAAGAAGCACGAGAAGAGGAUGACCAAGGACGAAGAGCGCGCAGUGAAGGACGAGCUGUUAGGGGAGAAGCCAGAGAUCAAGCAGAAGUGGGCCUCGCGCCUCUUGGCCAAGCUGCGCAAGGACAUCCGGCCAGAGUUCCGCGAGGACUUUGUGCUCACCAUCACGGGGAAGAAGCCCCCCUGCUGCGUGCUGUCCAACCCCGACCAGAAGGGCAAGAUCCGCCGCAUCGACUGCCUACGCCAGGCCGACAAGGUGUGGCGGCUGGACCUGGUGAUGGUGAUUCUGUUCAAGGGCAGCCCUCUGGAGAGCACGGACGGAGAGCGCCUGGUCAAGUCGCCCCAGUGCUCCAACCACGGCCUGUGUGUCCAGCCACACCACAUCGGAGUCACGGUCAAAGAGCUGGACCUCUACCUGGCCUACUUCGUCCACACACCAGAACAAUCAGGACAAUCAGACAACUCAAACCAGCAAGGAGACAAUGACGUCAAGCCCCCACCAAAUGGCCAUUUGAAUCUGAGUUUCCAGGACUGCUUUGUGACUUCAGGAGUGUGGAACGUCGCCGAGCUUGUCCGCGUGUCACAGACCCCAGUUGCUACAGCGACUGGUCCCAACUUCUCCUUAGCCGACCUGGACAGCCCUGGCUACUACAACAUCAACCAGGUGACCCUGGGACGGCGGUCCAUCACCUCCACCCCCUCCACGAGGACUGAAAUGGAGCUUUAUGCAAGUCUCCCACGGAGCUCCAACAAGCGUAAGUCCAUUGACGACAGCGAGAUGGAGAGUCCUGUGGAUGAUGUGUUCUACUCGGGCCGGUCCCCCGCAGCAGGCAGCAGCUCUCAGUCCAGCGGCUGGCCCAAUGAUGUGGAUGCAGUGCAGCACCAUUUGGCCAGUGUGCAGGAGAGGAAGAUUAAGCAUGAGAGCGAUGGAGUGCAGUUUCCUUACCAUGGACUCUCGUCGCCUGGUUCUCUUAAGAAGCCGGGGAAAUUCGAUUUCAGCGCCCUGUCCUCCCAGACGAGGUCCCCCCGCAUGGCGUUCACCCACCACCCACUGCCAAUGUUGGCGGGAGUGAGACCAGGGAGUCCCCGGGCUUCAGCCUCCACUCUGCACUUCCCCUCUCCCUCCAUCAUCCAGCAAUCUAGCCCAUAUUUCACCCACCCGACCAUCCGCUACCACCACCACCCAGGACAGGACCCCCUGAAGGAAUUUGUGCAGUUUGUCUGUGCUGACGGCUCAGGGCCGGCCGGGGGACAGCAUACUCCACGCCAGGCGCCACAGCUCCCAACAGGUUUGUCGGCAUCGGAUCACGGGACAACAACUUUCUGAACAUCCCGCAGCAGACGCAGUCUUGGUUCCUCUGACAAGACCUGUGUCCCAACCAGCAACUAGAAUUCUAUGUUUUCAAUCGGAAAUAGAGAAACGGUAUUCACAGAAUGAUGUACUGCCCUCCACCUGACCCUCCCAACCUGCAGCGGGUCCUCACAGUACGUCUCACCCCAACCAAGAUCUCACCAAUCAAUCCAGGAAAUUCUUAGAGGAACUCUGGACUCUGGACCCCUUUUCACAGUGUAAAGAUGAAUGGAUGGACUAGGGGAUGCCAGGAUGGAGAAGGGCGUGGGGACAAUGCAGCAGCAGAAGCAGCAGCGGUAGUGGGCAUCUAUCCCGAAAAACCAGCAAACCAGCACAACACAGAAGCGACGCGAUGGAAAUGCGGCCAAAAAGCAAAAGACUAUCCGAUGAAUCAGGUUUUCUACAAUAAUAAACGUUCAAAGCUGCAGUCCAUGCUACUGUGAUCGCACCCGAAUCCAAAAUUGACCAAUGUUUUUUUUGUUUUUUAGUUUACCCUUAUAACUACAAACUAACUAGCGAGACCAUGCCAAAACAUAUCUCCAAUAAGGGUUGCACUACGAGUCCGUUAACACUAAUCUAAUGAUGUGCACUAUUUUAAAGCAAGGCAUGGAACCCAAACCAGACUUGCCUGUUUGAAUUGGAAGGUAAAGUUGGCCUUCACUCGUCCUCCCCUAUCAUCGGCUCACGUCACAUCCCUUUAUUCAGUCAUAUUCGCUUUUUUACUCGGCCAUCUUGCCAUUUGAGCUAGUGUUUUCCGGUGACGGUAUUGUAUUAUAUUUGCUUACACAUACAAUGAGUAUUUAGACAUUGAACAUAGUAUCCCAGGUAUUACGAAUAGAAGCAGCAGCUAUUGGUUCCCCAUAUGCCCUCUUGUAAUGUAAUGAUUUUUUUCUUGAUGUGUUUUUUUGAAUUUUAUUCCUUUUAGAUUUGUACUAUUUUGUAAUUUUUUGUAUUUGAAUGACAGCACCUUAUAGAGGAUUGUGGUAAGGAAGUGGGCAUCGAAGACAGGGUUGGAUCUAGAUUACACAAAAGAGUUUGCAAAUGUAACAAAAACACAAAACACUGUCGGCCUCUGAGCGGUAGGGGGCGUAAGGAGGCUUGACUCAGGGUUUUGACAAUCACAGGCUCAUCCGAAGUGGGUGAGUACCAGACGCACGAGGAGGGAAAGUUGCUAAAGAUGGGACCUAGAGGAAGCUUUGUGUUUACCCUGUUGUUUACACUCCCAGACGGCUGCACGCUCCAAGAGCUCUGCGCCACGCUGAGGAGCAAAAUCAAUAUGUGACAUAUCUGGAUACGAGCGCAGAGGGACAAGGGCCUCUAGGCUGUCAGCGGGACGACCACCCAACGUGCCCCUUUUAGUUGGUUCUCUUUUUAAGGCACAGGCCACUGCAGACUGUGGGCAGAGGAGCUCCAAAACAUGUCCAAAAUUGUAUUCCCACUACUUUAUCAAACUGAAACUAAAAUUGUUUCUACUGAAAACUGCACUAUUCAGUUCUACUCUAAAAAUCAAAAUUCAAAAUAAGGACUACUGAGAAUUCUGGGCAAAAUUGUAUACGAUGUACUAGGGAUGUAACAAUAACCAAAAUAUCGUGAUAUUUUAUCAUCAAAAGUCUCACAAUAAUAUCGUGGGCUGUCACAACAUAUCGAAUUACACGUUCCUUUGCUUAAAUGAAGGGUUUUAUAGUAACAACAGCUCAUGAACAUUGGAAACUACAUAUCCCAUGAUUCAUUUCAGUGCAGACAACAUGAAAUUGUUUGUUUGUGAUGUUUUUUUCUUGAAUUUUUGGGAUUAUAAUUAUUCACAUCAAAAUCUUGUCAAGGAAUUUUAAAAGCAAAAAGUCUCCUAUCUACAGUUAUAUCAGCCUCUCCAUACCCUGAGAUGCUUAUCGUGAUAAUAUCAUACUGAGAGAUUUGGAUAUAGUUACAUCCCCGUGGUGCACCAUUUAUUAUUGGCUUAUGGGUGCUAGUAUGAGACUUGUAAAAUCAGACUCGUAAAAACAGAUUAUGUGGCGAUUUUUUUACAUUUUAUCCUGUCAAAAAAAAUCUGUUCUACAUCCAAGCAAAAACAACUAGCAAGUUUAAAUAUCGAGCCCUUUCCUAAUCCACGGUCUGCAGUCCUUUACUUGCACGGCCAGGUUCAAAGUAUCAGUUGCUAUAGUAACUCCCUCCUUUUACACACCAGCACUCCCCCAAUAGACGUAUCUAAUCCAUGUGAAUCGAUGAGCCCUUAACGAUACAAAAAUGCACUAAAACAAUCAUGGCAGCCAAGUUUUUUACUUUUGCCAUUUUUUUUACACUGACCACAUUUAGCCAUAAAUUUCAAAAAAAAAAAAUCAGAAUACCGGGAUGGACACACAUUGACACACAGAGCACAGACUGACAUCGCCUGACUCAAAGGGAAGUCUUAAAUUUAUUUGAAAUUUAGACAAUCUGAGGAGGCCUUUAUGCUUUUAAUAUAUUUAUCAGCAUUUUGCCAAUUUUAUAUUUUGUUAUUUCAAAAUCAAAUUCACCCACCUCACAAAAUAACUGGACUGCCUGGCCAUGCUCACUGCAGGGAAUUGCACCACAGUUAGAAAGACGCAGAGAGGAUGCUAGCGAUGGCGAAAGGGGUUUUGUUUUCUAUUCUAUGGAAGUGCCUCUGUAUUCCCAUUAUGCAAUUUGUCAAACAUGAAUUCAGGUUGUUUUUUCUCACAUAUAAGCUAUAGUGAAUGGUGAAAAAACAUGUCAGGAGAGGACAAACAGUGACAGCUAACUAGAUAACCGCACGCAUCUUAUAUAUACAUAUAUAUUUAUAGAUAUAUACGUUUUUUUAUUUUACAUGAUAAGCUCUGUGGCAGUCUAGUUAUUUUUUGAAGCAUGGCUUAAACCGCACAGUCAUAGGAUGCAUCUCAAACUUUUGUGCUGAAAUAAAACCCACAUUAGCAAAUAGGCUAAUAGGCUAUGAAAUCCAUGGCAACAUUAUCAGUAGCUUUUAAAACUAGUGGCAUUGUAUGGUUCAGGUUUGAAUGGCGCAUUUCGAACUGUGGCACCUGUCCUCCGUGGUCAUCGCAAUCACGUAAUUCAAAUUAAAAUAUUAUGUCUUUUGAAUGGGGAAGUCCUCACAAAAAUCCUUCAUAUCGAGUAAUUCAAGUAAAUGUUUAAAACUGAUGAAUAAAUGUGGUGUGGUUUUAGACUAGACUAGAUUUAUCACACCCAGAAAAUAAUUGUACCUGUGUAUUUAUGAUGUAAUCUGCCAGUAAAAAGCCCUUAUAAGCAACAUAUAAAAACUGAGAAUUACUUGUCGUGUGGUAGGUCCAUAUUGUAAAUGAGCCGUUACUGUUGUCAGUUUUGUGGUCAGAUAUUAUCUUGAGGUGCCUUGGGUGACCCUUCAUUCAAACAUGUUGCUUCACACUUGUGUAGAGCUUUGCCAUCUCAAACUGAACCAUAUAGUACCACCCAAUGAAAACAAGGCUAUAGUCAACAUUGAUCAACAGAACAGGUAGUUUCUGUGUUUUCUUUCUCGAUAUGGUGGGAAGUGUUGUUCUUGAACUAAAUGAUGUUGAUUGAGCCACGUGCAAUGCCUUGGUAGAGGACUUUGUUUGUUAGUGAUUGUUGAGGGUGUCAUGAGAAAAGAGGGGAAACCCUUUGUCUUUUUUCUUUGUUUAAGUCCGCUUGCCCCAGGACUCUAAAUACGAGGGGGAAGAUUCAAAAUCCCAAUCUUUGUAAGUACGUACUUUGGGGAAAGUUGUUAUUGAUUUCCAUGUUUUUUCUUUUAUUGCUUUUUUUAAGAAAACCUUCAUUUGAAUUUUUAAAAAUAUGGGAAGGCUGAAGGAACAAUUUUGCAACUCAUAAAUGUAUAUGAAAACUGGUGCUUUCAAAAGUGUAAAGUACAUUCAAUCUCUAUUAUACAUAAAUAAUACAAAAUAUCAUAAGAGGCAAAUUUUUAGGAACAUGCAUUAUUACUAUUUCUCUUUUUGUAUUUACCGAGGGGGGAGGGGUUCAUGUACGCAAAGGUUGUUGUGACAAAAGGCAUUUUUCUCAUCCAACCUUUACAAAGAGGUUAAAAAAGGAAGUAAACAUUUAUAGCUCUUCCAUAGUUGACGCCGUUUCAACUAACUAAAUGUAACUUGUACAUUUUGUAUUCGACAGGCCCAGAGUUUGGUCUGUCAGGCCUUUCCACCUUCAACUGAACCCCACCUCCUUCUCCCCGUAGCCCCACCCCUCUGUCUGUAACCCCACCCUCCCGCUGUAAAUGAUUAUAAAUAUUUGUUUGGUGAUGUAGUGUAAUAGACUCAGAGCAUCUUAAAGGUUGUCCCUAAAAAGUGCCUUUUGUUCACUGGUUCCAUCUUGUAAUCCUGAGUGCCCAUCUCCAAAAGAAAAAGGUCCCCUCCUUCAUACUUCUAUAUCUUUCUCUUCUUCUUCUUGAGGCUUUUUAAAGCAGUAUACAUAGUACUAAAAGAAAUUGGUGUGAUUUAGUUCAUCUUUUUAUUGUUGAAUAAUUACAAAAAGCUGAAAAAUGUUAAAAAAUAUAUGUCUUGCUUCUCUUCCUCUGUAUCUGAUCUUCUGUCUCUCUUGGACACUGGAGUAGUCUGUAGCCGCAUAAGCUCCUUCCUUCUUAUUUCUCCUUUCUCUGAACGGCGGGGUUUAAAAACUACAAAAAAAUGUUGAAAAAAAAAAUGAAUACGCAAAGAUUUUUUGUCUGAGCAGAAUGCAGUUAGCUCACAUGUUAUUCUUGUCUGUACGCUUCACAUUGUAUUACCAUACCCAUUUUCUUCAGCUUCUCCAUUCGAACAGCUAAUGUAAGUGAACAAGUUACACCAGUGGGCUCUGGGCAGCACUGGGGCUCAGGGGCAGCCUGCCGGGCCAGACACAGACCCCAAACUCACCCCUGUACUGUCCAGGGAGGAAUGGACAACUAGUAUUAACGACAGCUGAGAGGAAUGCGAGGCUGUCUAUGCUAAGAAACUUGUUUUAUCCUUGUUUUAUCCAGUUAUUUUUACAGAAUCGCCUUUUUUAUUUGUGUGUUUGAGUGAGUAAAAACAAAAACUGACAAGCUAAUUACAAGUACAAUCAUGGAAAAUGGAUAUGACUGCUUCCACUGGAGUCAUCUGGUGAAGGUCAAAUAUGCCAUCAGAUAUUUUUUGUCUAAUAGAGAUCAUUUUAAUAUUAGUCAAUUAGUCGACUUUAAAACAUUUGGAUUUAUUCUUACACAUUAAUGGGAGCCCAGGCUUAUGCGACCAAAUUGACCAAAAUGUUUACACCAAUUACCAGAAAUGAGAAAUGUCUCCACUUAACUUAAUGAAUUGAAGUUAAUUAUACUGAUCGUUGUGUAUGUAAAAGCCAGCAGCAGUUUUCUGAGCCGGCAGCACCACUUUGGAAAAGCCAUAGUAGAAGGUUGCACAGUGUGGUGUGAUUGCUCUGCUCUGGUGGAUGGUCAGGAAUUAUACUUCAGUGCAAAUAAAUGUCAAAGUUAAUGUCCGAGCAAAUGUUUAUCUUUAGUGAAACAGUAAAAUGUGACCUCCCAACAUCAGUGUUUUGUGAUGGAGGUUUAGAGCAGGACAGCCCCUCCUCUCCUGAGUCGACUCUGGCCCGUACCCCCUCCACGUCGUCAGCCAGCCCCCAGAGCCCCUGGUGGAAUGCAUGUGUUAAUACAGUUUCUUUUCCAUAAUAAUAAUAAAAAGCAGUUUAAAAAGAGCAACACCUUUACCUGAUUGAAUAAAAGGAUGUUCUUGACUGUA